AAUCUUUGAAUACCCGGCCCUGUGUACAAGAUCACGGCCGAAGCGUGGACCCAAGCAUGCUAAGCAUUGACUGUGCGAAUCAAACAUUGGGCUGUAGAAAAUUUAGAGGUUACAUUGACUUCAAUAACAACGGAGAUGCAACGGAAGAAACUACCUACCAUAUACUGUAUCUUGGAUGUGGUGAAUAUCCAAUGGACCAUUGUUUGUCUCCGACCCCGACGGGGAUAGUGGAACUUCUACAAGCUUUACCACCUGUAAAGGAAGCCUUGGAUGAAAGCGUUGGUCACAAUGUUACUUCUGAUCACGUAGAUAAAGGUGUAUUGUGCAGACACGGAUGUUACACCGAUAAUUGCAAUGGCGCCAAUUUCAUCCAGAUGAGCCACGCGCUGGUAGUACUUUCACUCUCCUCGAUCCUCUGGAAUAUGUUUUGGAAGCACAGGGGACAGCAUUUCGUGGAAAUCUAAGGGCCUUUUCACAAGUGAAUCUUGAAUCAUUGUAAUGAUGAUUGCUAUUGUAAUCGUGACUGUGAUUAGCGUUCGUGAUUCUAAUCAUGUUCUAGUUUGGUUUCACACGUGCUAAAUAAUCGUCAUUAGCUUUAUUUUUCACUGGAAUCAUCAUUCAAAUUACGAUUAUUUUUUUACCGUGUGAAAGGGCGGUAUAUCGAACGGAAUUCGUGUUUCCUCUUCUUCUUUAUUGCCGUACUUUUUGUUGUUGUGUUAUUUUCCACUCUACUAACAUUACUACUCCAUCUUCAUUUUAUUCUUCUCAUUCCUCCCGUAUUAUUCUUCUCACUCAUCCCCUUCAUAUCCUUUUUUUCUUAAAAAUAAUUCUUCUGCUUACUAUCGUCUUUCUCCUUCUCCGUUUUCUUCUUGUAUCUCUGCUGGAAUGAAUGCAUUGUCGCACAAGUGUUCGCAGUGUGUACACAGUUUGUUCGCAUUAUGUUCACAAUGUGUUCACAGGGUGUUCACAAGGUGUUCACAGUGUGUUCUCAGUGUGUUCUCAGUGUGUUCACUGUGUGUUCUCAGUGUGUUCACAGUGCGUUCACAGUGUGUUCACAAUGGAUUCAGAAUGUGUUCACAGAAUCUUUAAGUUUACAGAAUCUUUAACUAUGUGCUCACAAUAUGUUCACAGUGUGUCUCAGUGUGUUCACAUUGUUUUCACAGUGUCAUAAGUAUGUGCUCGCAAUAUGUUCACAGUGUGUUCAGAGUGUGUACAGAGUGUGCUCACAAUGUGUUCUUAGUGUGUUCACAGUGCGUUAACAGUGUAUUCAGUGUGUUCACAGUGUGUUCACAAUGUGUUCACAAUGUAUUCACAAUGUGUUCACCUAAUUUUUAAGUGGCAUAACUAUGUGAUUACAAAAUGUUCUCAGUGUGUUCACAAAGUGUUCACAGUGUGUUCGCAGCGUGUUCACAGUGUGUUCUCAGUGAGUUCACAGUGUGUUCACAGUGUGUUCACGGUGUGUUCAGAGUGUGUUCACACUGUGCUUACAAUGUGUUCACAGUGUGUUCACAGUGUCAUAAGUAUGUGCUCACAAUAUGUUCACAGUGUGUUCAGAGUGUGCUCACAAUGUGUUCUUAGUAUGUUCACAGUGUGUUUAGAGUGCGUUCACAGUGUAUUCAGUGUGUUCACAGUGUGCUCACAAUGUGUUUACAAUGUAUUCACAAUGUGGUGUUCACGGUGUGUUCAGAGUGUGUUCACAGUGUGUUCACGGUUUGUUCAGAGUGUGUUCACACUGUGCUUACAAUGUGUUCACUAUGUCUUCACAUUGUGUUCACAUUAUGUUCACAGUGUUUUCUUAGUGUGUUCACAGUGUGUUCACGGUUUGUUCAGAGUGUGUUCACAUUGUGUUCACAGUGUGCCUACAAUGUGUUCUCUGUGUGUUUACAUUGUGUUUUCACAAUGUGUUCACAGUGUUUUCACAGUAUCACAACUAUGUGAUCACAAUAUGUUCACAGUGUGCUCACAAUGUGUUCACAGUGUUUUACAGUGUCAUAACUAUGUACUCAAAAUAUGUUCACAGUGCGUUCACAAUGUGUUGACUGUGUGUUCACAAUGUGUUUGCUCUGUGUUCACAGUGUGUUCUCGUGGACUAUGUGAAGAUACGAUUCACACUAUUUAAAUGCUCUCAAUAGCAGUGUGAAUAUAUUUCCACACUGUAAUACCUGUGGAAACCUCGACAGUGUGACAGUUCACAUGGUCGACGAUGAGCAAAAUGUGAUCCAUGCUGUUAAAAAUGAUAAAAUUCAACAGUGUGAAGGUGAUUUCAUUUUGUGUUCCACACUGUGAGCACACUGUGGAACACAUUGUUGACUUCGUGAUCUUUCCAGUAGGUAUACAUUUUUAUGAUCACGAUCUUCGUGCUUUUUUUUUUUUAAUAUUCUGUUCAUCCCUCACCUCUAUCUCCUACUCCAAUGUCCCCUUUUCCUCCUCAUUCUCCUUUCUCUCAUUCCAGUUAGGCUGUAGUAAUCAUUUAUAAGAAUAUGAUUAUAUUAAAAAACCCGGAAAAUUCAUUUACCGUUAGAUUACAUUGUUGCAUUGAUAUUUUUGCAUGUUAUAAAAUAUUUUGACCAUAUCAUAUAUAUAUAAACAAUUUAAUACAAUCGUUUUUAAUAUACCAUAGUGUACAGUAGGGCAUAUGCUUAUAUUUAUUGUUAUCAUAUUGUUAAUAUUAAAUCGCUCGAGGCGUGAUCUUCUAUAUAUAGCAUCGCUCGUAACUGUGAUUUUUUUUUCAUUUGGUAAAUUGCUUGAUUGUCUUCUCAUCGCGUAAACUUUGAAGACUUCGAAAAUAAAUCUUUGCACUUAGCAUGAUUAUCUCCAUAUUGCCUGUGAUAUCAAGCAAUAUGGAGAUAAUGCUAGUUACUAUUAUUAUUAAUAUGAUUAUCAUUAUUACUAUUCUGAUUAUUAUUAGUAUGAUCCAUUAUGAUAUCGAUGAUUAUUACUAUUAUUUUGUUAUUAUUAUCAUUUUUGUAUUAGUAAAAACAUUGCAUUGUUUUGUCAUUAAAGUAAUCGAUAACAGCGUUGUCUAUGUU